UCAGCGGCGCAAGGGGCGCGCUCCGGCUUUUGGGCUCGGGAUGGGGGCCGCCGCGGUGGCGCUGCUGCUGCUGCUGGCGCUGCUGCUGCUGGGGCUGCUGGCGCUGCGCCCGCGGCUCCGCUUCCGCGCCAAGGUCGUCAGCUACAUCGUGCUCUGCGUGGUCGCCUCGGCCCUCACCAGCGUCGCCUGCCUCCUCUGGAACGGCGGCCGCACCGUCCGCAACAUGACGUUAAUUAAAAAUGUGGUUCGCACCUUCAAGUACUUCUACGGCCUGAAGUUUGAAGUGAAGGGUCUGGAGCACUUCGGGAUAGAAGGUCCCUGUGUCAUCAUUUCAAACCACCAGAGCAUCCUGGACAUGAUCGGGCUGAUGGAAAUCCUUCCGGAGCGCUGCGUCCAGAUUGCCAAGAGGGAGCUGCUCUACACGGGGCCAGUGGGAUUGGUCAUCUACCUGGGUGGGAUCAUCUUCAUCAACCGGAAGAGAACUGGCACCGCCAAGUCCGUGAUGUCCGGAGUCGGCCAGACCAUGACCAAUGAGAACCUCAAGAUCUGGAUCUAUCCAGAGGGAACAAGGAACAUGAAUGGGGACCUUCUGCCAUUCAAGAAGGGGGCUUUUCAUCUGGCCAUCCAGACUCAGGUUCCAAUAAUUCAAGUGGUCUAUUCCUCCUUUACUUCAUUUUACAACCCAGAAAAGAAGACGUUCACGUCAGGCAAAAUCAAGGUGGAAAUAUUCCCACCCAUCUCGACGAAAGGCCUGACAACUGAGGAUGUUGAUGAUCUCGCCAAGCGGUGCUACACUACCAUGAGGGAAACCUUCUUCAGGUUGUCGGGGAAGAGCAAAGAAACCAACGGAGAGGCCUCCAUCCUUGGGCAGUAGGGUCUCUGGGGCCCGAUGGCUGUGGGACAGAUCCUUCCAUUGCCCCAAAUACUGGCCAAGAUCCCCUUGCUUGAUGUUGUGAGGACAAUGUGUAGGUUGCUCCCGAAGAACUUGAGGGAGGGAGGAGGAAAUUUCAACCAGUGUGGAUGUGCUCAAACCUCUCAGGUGGAGGAAUCUCCUCCGGCUUUUCCCUCCCCGCCUUCUUCUCCACAAACUGCUAUUACCAAAGAGUCCUGGGCUUCUUCUCAGUGUCCACAACCAGCAGUUUAAACCACCCCAAGUGCCUUUUCUCUCUCCUGGUGACUCCAGGGAUUGAGUCCACGCCUUCCUCCUUGUCCUCUAGGGUGAUAGUUGGCGCCUCUUCCCUUCAUUGGGCACAGGGAUAAACCGGGUGGACAGGACCAGAACCUGCCCCACUUGGCACUUUUCCCUGAGGAAGAUGGGGGGUGGGGGGUCAGCCCCCACUAUUUGACGCUGUUUUGGGUUGAAGGGAGAACGUUCCUGAACCAGUAAUGAUCCUUGUCCAGAAGAGGGAGAUGCUGGGAGUUUGCUGUCCUGAUAAGGCUGCAUCUAUUAAUGUUGGGAGACAAAGGUGAGCGAGUAAACUCUCACAGGUAAGCUGGGGAGAGUGUGAAGGACCACUGCAGAGUUUGCCACUAUGGUAACCGAGCAAAUCCUAUCUUCUACCCAGGACUCUCAGCGCAGCGCUUCUCAGUCUCACCAACUUUUAAGAUGUGAGGACCUCAGCUCCAAGAAUUCCCCAGCCAGCUAAUAAGGGAAUGCUGGCUGGAGAAGUCUGGGCACUGAAGUCCAUACAUCAUAAAGUCCUUCCAACUUUAAAUGUAGCCUAAGAAUAAGGAACUUUUCUUAUUUAUUUGGGAACAAAGUGUCCCCCCACCCCCCAAAAAUGUUAUUUUCUUUGAAGAUAACUAUAGCUCCGUUGCAAGCAGAGAUAUUUCAAGGAUUUGAGCCGCCAAAAGUGGCCUCAUGGUUUUGGGUGCCGAAGUGCAAAGCAGACGUACUAACUUCAAAAUUCUGAGAUCUCGUGAUGGCGGAGAGAAGAGCUGACAGGGAGCGAAUCCUUUUUGCUGGAGAGGAAUUCAAAAGAGUUACAAACGUGUAAAGAAAUUUGAUUAAAUUGACCCUGCCCGUGGUGUUUGGAUUGGCCCAUCACCUCAGCACAAAGCCUGUGCAUGCAUUUUUGUUUUGAUUUUUGUAAGAAUGGAGGGCACUAAUGGCUGUGCCCUCAGCGGAGUUGUGAGUCCCAACGGCUGAGUUGCGCUGCGGCAGAAAUCCCCAAAACUCUUAAAGGGAAUGGAAAGUACUUUCAGACAGGCAUCGUGUUCACUCAGAAUCGUGAUGGAGAACUUGCCAUUUGUCCAGCAUCCUCUGCGUGUUGAGCUGCUGCCCUGCUAAACUGUGGUUGUUCCCCACAAGCCUUGACCCCCCCGCAGCCAUUGUCAUCCGAACCAGACAGAGGAGUCACUGCCUGUUGGUUGACAAUCAUCCUUGCGCUCCCUUCAGUGUCCAAGUUGAGGGAAGACUCCGCCAUCUUGCAAAGUUUGAAUGAUGCUCUCCAGCCCCCCGAGAGAAAGACUCUGGAAUAUUUUUUUUUUACUCAAGGUUGGAGACUUUCAUCUGUUUCUGAACCAAGUUGGGUGGGCUUAGGUGAUCUUUAAGGUCCCCGCCAUGCAAAAGCAAGUUGCUUUCCCUUAGUUUCAUCCAAUCUGCACCCCCCCCGGUCCCCCAUGGGUUAUUCUACAGUCCCACAAAAAGGCCCGGGACUGGGCACAGCUCCUUGAUCCGGAGGCUCCAGAGCACAAGAUCUCAACCAUAACAACGUCAAGAUGGGCAGCCUUCAAACUCCCAGAAUUCCCCAGCCAGCUUACCGGUUAGGGAAUUGUGGGAGUUGGAAGUCCAUCCAUCUUAAAAAUCACUGAGGUUGAAAACUCUCCGGAGAAUUCCUUGGUGAUCAGUCAUCCUUCCAUGGAUAGGAGAACAGUUGAAGUCCAGGAUCUCUCUCCGCUCCAUCCCAGGAUCUUGGGUGCUGUUCGUGCUGUGCCCCCACCCUCCACCCCAGUCCAGUUCUGCAACAAAGCCGCUUUGCUGGGGGGAUGAAGCUACGAGAUCCGCCCAACACAAUUCCAGCAUUCAGACGAUCUGUUCUCUCCACCAUCUUGUAAAGCCAGUUUCAGCUUUAUUUACAGGGUUUGGGAACAUGGCUGUCCUGUCUGGAGGGGAGGGAGGAACGACAAGGCUCUCAACCUUAGGAAAAGCACUUACCACCAGCCUAUCUUCAGGGGGUGCAGACAAGAAAGAGCUUAUGUGGCUGCUGGGAGUUGUAGUCCUGGCAGCUGAAGAAUGGUUUUCCCACCCUGUCUGAAGCAUACCAAAAACAUGUGCAAAAGUGCCUUAUUGCUAAAGCUUUGAUUGCUUUUUGGUAUCGUCAAAUGUACUAUUUUUAUAAAGAAUUUUAUUUAAAGAGAA